AUGAAAGUGCGCGCCGCCACCGACGCCGACGUCCCCGCCAUCGCGGCCGUGGUGCUCGCCGUCGCCUCCAGCGAGGCGCCAUGGAAGAGCUACCUGCCGGCGCGCGCGCGCAAGGAUCCCGUCUUUGUCCAGCACGCCGAGGCCGUCACGCGCAGCUACAUCGCCGCCGGCGAGGCGACGUCGGCCGUCAUGGUCGUCGAGCUGUCUGCCGCCGAGUCGGAGCGCAGCACGCCCGAGAUUGUCGCCGUCGCUGUCUGGGACACCAGCGCCACCACCUCCGCCAAGACUGAUCCCGAGGGCUACGCAACCUCCCGCAAGGACAACGACUGGACGCCCAACGACGGCCCCGAGGACCACCCCAAGCUCACGGCCCUCGGCGACGCCAUGCGCCAAGGCCGCCAGCGGUACUUUGCCGCCGAGGGGCCGCACGUCUACCUGCGCGUCCUCGCCACCCACCCGGACCACCAGGGCCGCGGCCACGCCAAGGCCCUCUGCCGCUGGGGCAUCGCCCUCGCCCACCGCAAGCGCGUCGGCGUCUGCCUCGAGACGGGCUCCCGCGGCUACAUCAUGCUCUCCGGCAUGGGCUUCCGCGACCUCGGCGCCGUCGUCGUCCCCGCCGGCAAGGGCCACGACGAGCAGGUCCUCAAGGCCCUCCGCAUGGACGCCGCCGCCGCCCAGGCCGCGAACCCGGGCGUCUGGGACUCGCUGUGGAAGUACAUUUCCACGUGA